AAAAAUUUCUGAAGUAUAUUAUAUAUAAAGACGUAAAGCAUCGCAGUAUCGCAACAGCCAAGUGCAAGAUCUAUUCUUCGAGCAGUGAAAAUGAAAGCUAUAUUCGUGGUAGCAGUUGUCUUGGCGGCCUUCGCUUAUACCAGCGAAGCCGUUCAAUGUCCACGACAUAACGAAGAUGACGUCGUUCUGCUUCCAAAUCCAGAAGACUGCCAAUCGUAUUACACUUGUAACGAAGGCAUAGCGUAUUUAAUGAGAUGCAGCGUGGGACUUGAAUUCAAUCCCGUAGAAAGAGUUUGCGAUUGGCCGGAACAUGCUAACUGUGAAUCCCGUGUUUCUACUACAGACGCAUCUCAAGAAACCACUGUGUCUAUAGAGGAACCUGAAGAAACCACUGUGUCUACAGAGGAACCUGAAAUAGGUACCACUGAAGAAAGUGCAUCCGAAAAAUUUGAAAUGUUCUUCGAUUGAAAACACCUAUGAUUUCACCAUGCAGUAUACAUUAUCAAAACGCAUUAUUUAUAUACCUUCCGUGUGUAUCGGAUGUGAUUAAAUUUUGAUCACUUUUCGUGUCUCGUUAUUUUUUUUUUUUUUCGAUUUUCAACGAAUUUUAACCGAUACCACAGUU